GUGGAAACAUUGCUUGUGAGAGCAGGUGCUUCUUAUUUGGUGAGCCAGCCAUCUGUGAUGCCGAAUGAGUAGAGGAGACCGGAAGCCUCGGCCAAGAUUCAUCAAAGCCACCAACCAGGUCCUGCGCCAUGGACACAAAGCUGGACCCUGCCCGGGAUGAUCUGCCUCUCAUGGCCAACACCAGCCACAUGCUGGUGAAGCACUAUGUCCUGGAUCUGGAUGUGGAUUCUGAAAGUCGAGUCAUUGAGGGCACCAUAGUUCUUUUCUUUGGAGAUGGGAACAGAUUUAAAACACAAGCAAUUUCCUCCCAGGACACCAUCCAGAUGGAGUCAGAGAAAGACUGUACUUUUAGGACAAUGGAACCCUGCCAUGUGCCCAAGAUGGAUGCAAGUACCUUCUCACCUCAGAUGGGGUAUAAUGAAUGUGCAGUCUGUGGUAAAGGUGAUCAAGAUGCCUUUGAUAACGAUGGUAACCAUAACAACCGGGAAUCUGAUUCUGAGAUCUCUAGCUCAAAGUACUGCUGUGACACAGGGAAUCAUGGGAAAGAGGAUUUCUUGCUAGUGUUGGACUGCUGUGAUCUAUCUGUGCUAAAGGUAGAGGAGGUGGAUGUGGCUGCUGUGCCAGGCCUUGAGAGAUUCACAAAGGCUCCCAAGCUUGCAGCCACUCCUGAGAAGCUCAGGCGUGACAUUGUCCGUGACCUGGUGGCUCUGCCUGCAGACGCUUGGAGGGAGCAGUUCGACUGCUAUGCUCGCUGCAGCCAGGCUCCUGGAUGUGGGGAGCUCUUCUUUGACACUGACAGUUGGAGCUUACGGAUCAGGAGGACGGGGGCUCAGACAGCCGCUGACUUUCCUCAUGCCAUCAGGAUAUGGUACAAAACUAAACCUGAGGGGCAGUCAGUGACUUGGACCUCAGACCAGGAUGGCAGGCCAUGUGUUUAUACUAUGGGAUCCCCCAUCAACAACAGGGCCCUUUUUCCAUGCCAGGAACCACCGGUUGCCAUGUCAACAUGGCAGGCUACAGUUCGAGCAGCUGCAUCUUUUGUUGUUUUAAUGAGUGGGGAAAAUUCUGCCAAGCCCACACCACUUCGAGAAGGGUGCAUGAGCUGGCAUUACUAUGUGACCAUGCCAAUGCCAGCCUCCACCUUCACAAUUGCAGUGGGAUCCUGGACAGAAGUGAAGCCUAAGACAUCCCCAUCAGAUGAACUGGUGAUAGAGCACCCUCUCCUGCCUGCAAAAGCUGACUUCAGGUAUGCUGACACCUGCAGUCAUGUAGAAUACCCCUGCCGAUUCCAGGAUGCUUCUGCUGCCACCCAGGAGAUCAUUCCUCACCGAGUGUUUGCCCCACUGUGCCUUGAGGGUGCCUGCCAAGAGGCCCUGCUGUGGCUGGUCCCUCCUUGCCUGUCAGCUGCGCACGCUGUCUUGGGAACACACCCUUUCUCCCGGCUGGACAUACUCAUUGUCCCUGCCAACUUUCCAAGUCUGGGGAUGGCCAGCCCACACAUCAUCUUCCUCUCUCAGAGCACCUUAACAGGCGUGAGCCAUCUCUGUGGGACCCGUCUCUGCCAUGAAAUUGCUCAUGCCUGGUUUGGCCUAGCCAUCGGGGCCCGAGACUGGACAGAGGAGUGGCUCAGCGAAGGGUUCGCCACUCACCUGGAAGAUGUGUUUUGGGCCGAAGCACAGCAGCUGCCCCCCCACGAGGCCCUGGAGCAGCAAGAGCUGAGGGCUUGCCUGCGCUGGCAUCGCCUACAGGAUGAGCUGCGGAACUCCCCAGAGGAAAUGCAGGUGUUGAGACCCAACAAAGAGGACACUGGCCAUGUGAGCUCUUCAGGCGCGUCCGUUGUCAAGCAUGGACUCAACCCAGAGAAGGGCUUCAUGCAGGUUCAUUACUUAAAGGGCUACUUCCUUCUCCGAUUCCUAGCCAGAACACUUGGAAAGGAAACUUACUUUUCGUUUUUAAGAAAAUUUGUACACCUGUUUCAUGGGCAGUUGAUCCUUUCGCAGGAUUUCCUUCAAAUGCUGUUGGAGAGCAUUCCAGAAGACAAAAGGCUCGGCCUGACUGUUGAGAACAUCAUCUGUGAUUGGCUUGAAUGUUCCGGAAUACCUAAGGCGCUGCGGGAGGAGCAGGAGGCCGAGGACUGCAAACGGAGUGGGCUGGCAGGACGAGUGGGCUCAGAGGUGGCGAAAUGGAUCCGACUGAACCGCAGACCCCGAAAACGCAAACGAGGGAAGCAAGAAGCCGCCUUUGAAAAGCUUUCUCCGGACCAGAUCGUCUUGCUUUUGGAGUGUCUCUUAGAGCAGAAGGCCCUGAGCCCCCAGACAUUGCAGCGCCUCCAGCAGACGUACCGCCUCCAGGAGCAGGAUGCCGAGGUUCGCCAUCGAUGGUGUGAACUGGUCAUCAAGCACAAGUACACAAGAGCCUACGAACAGGUGACAAGAUUCCUGCAGGAGGAUCAGGCCAUGGGCGUCUACCUCUAUGGGGAGCUGAUGGUGGGCGAGGACGCCAGGCAGCAGCAGCUUGCCCACAGGUGCUUUGAGCUGGUGAAGGAACACAUGGACAGAGCCUCAGCCCAGGUGGUGUCUGAAAUGCUGUUUUAAAGAGGACAGAUCACAGUGAGACUCUCUUUCCUAUGCCUCCUCCUAGCCCCGAUGGGGCCAGGACUGCACUGACCCUGGACAUCAAAGGGAGGAUCAUGUGGCUGCUAAAGCCAUCAGCCGACAGCAGCGGUCACUCACUUGCAUCUUGGGCUCCCGUGGCAUGUAUAAAAGGCACAUAUAAAGCCUCAUAAACUGUUGCACCUGGCAGCUGCCUUUGUUCCCGGGCCUGGAAAGACUGAGCUCUGACUUGAAGUUGUUCAGAGAGUGAAGAUCCCUCCCUAGGCAGAUGGAGAACCGGCUGCCUGCUGCCAUGGUCUGAGAUGACAGCUUCAUGCGACACCUUCUGUGGCUGGUCCCCAGGGAUUCCGCAGAGUCCUUUUGAUGUGUUCACUCAAUAGAACCUUUCUGUUUUUGGAAAACACAGGAAAGCCUAAGAUGUCUUAAUAAAGUGUCGGAUUUGCUGGUA